CUCGAGCGGAGGUGAGGCCCAAGUGUCACCACGAAAAGGUCUUUCAAUCCUUUUCUCCUGCUGAAAUUUCCUUUGUGACAAAGAAAAGCAAUAAAGAAAAAUAUCAAAUCUGAUAAUGUGUACAACAUUCUGACUGGCAGUAGAAGUGCUUCCAACUUUCUGAAGAGAGGGAGAAAAGAAUCCUAAGAAAUGAAUUUUAAUGUCUGGAAUGUCAAAGAAAUGCUCAGCAUUCCCCCAGGCCCAGGGACUAAUAAAUCAUCUAGUUGGAAUAAUAAUCUUAGUGAUUACUCCAGCCUCACUGAUUCCCAGUUCCUCUUUGGAUCCCAAUUCUGUCCGGAGAAUUCACAAUCACUUUCAGCAUCUUUAGACUUCAGUACCCAUUUGAGACAUGCCAAAACUUCGCAAUCUGAGGACGUGAGUAGUGAACCUAGUAUUUUCACAAAGUAUCAGGCAAAACCCCAGCUGUUUGGGGGAGAUACAAAGGAUGGAAACUUACUUCUUCCUCAUUUGCCCUUUGGAAAAUCAAAAGGUGUCUUGGAACAGUUUGAGGAGAAUAAGAAAAGAGCACAAGAUAAACAGGACAGUGAGGCUCUAAACAACUUUAUUUCCUAUGUCAGAGAAAAUAUGCACAAGUUGCAAACAUCUGUGGAAAAGUUGGAAGAAGAACUUAGUUCAAGAAAUCAGACCGUUUUGAAUUCAUUGGAAGCAGUUGCUAAGACAUUGCAAGAGAGUGCCCAAGCUCACUUCGACUUAAUAUUAGAUGCUUUACGAGACAGAAGCAGAAUGGAGCAGAGAACCCUGGAGCUGGAGAGACUACUUGAAACUAGAGAGGCAGAAUUUUUAGAUAUGAAAUCCAGUCUGAAGAAUCUUGAAGUCCUAGCAGCUGAACAGAGUAAACAGCACCAGAGGCUGUGUGACCAGUUGGAUCAGCUCAACUUCCCCAAAAUGCAGUCACUUGAUUUAGAAGCUCAGCUACCCUGCUAUGUGAAUGAUGGAAGUUCCCAGACUGUUUCAGCUCUACUUAAGACCUCCAAUCUCAUCAGGAAGGGGAAAUCAAACUCCAAAUCAUCAGAUAUCAGUGAAACUGUCAUGCUUCUUCCUCACCUGAAUCCCCUAACAUCAUCACACCAAAGUGAAAAAUGUAGUGCAGAAAAACAGGAAGCUGAGGAUGAAACUCACAGACCUCUUGACAAGGAAAAUCAGAAUGGAAAGGAUGAAGCUGUGCAGACUGAUUUAGAACCACAGGUCCCUGCUAAGAGGUGGUCUGAAAGCUGGGACUCCAGUAGCAAGAUUAAUAGGGAUCGUUGCAAAAGGGACUUAAUAGGUCAAGAAACAUCUCAGUUUUCAUCAAUGACUGUAAAAGACUUGAUCACUAAGGCCAAGCCCACAUGUGUCCUGCAGGAGUGUCAGCCAACAGCUUCAUUUUGUAGUAACAUGCAUGAUCAAAAGAAAAUGCUAGAACAGAAAGGCAUGAGUGUGGAUGUAAGAAAAAGAGGAAAGAGGAAAAAACCCAGGAAAAUUCCAAGAGGCACAUUUAUAAAAAGGAAGAGUUCAGGACUUUUAAGAAAUACCUUUACGUUUAGCUCAAGAAUAGGGGGUCCCCAGGCUGCAGCCCCUGAGCAACGAAAUGUGUUUCUGGGUCAAGAGGAGAAUCCUAGGCAACCCUUGCCACUUCUGUGUCCCCAUAAGACUGUACAGCCUGUAGUGAAAGUAAGAAGAAAGGCAGAGAAGGCAGAAAGGGCAGAUAGCCCCCACAAAGCAGCAAAUAACUUCUUCCUCAACGAUUACUCUUCUCAGGAGACUUCUUCUCCCUUUCCAAACAGUACUGACGGUGAUAAACACAUGAGCUGGUUCAGUAAUAUCAAUUCUGACAACUCGGAGAGCUCUAAUGCCGUGGAAGCUGAGGAAAACACAUUUUAUGCCAUUGUUUUUGAUAGCAGUGAUGAUAACGAUGGAGCCUAAUCGUUCUUUGGGUCUCCUGAAACAACCACCACUUCUUCCUGACCAUCCUGCGGAGGUGGCUGUGCUAAUUACUCUCUUUUUCUAGCUGGGAUAGAGAGGUGAAAUGCAUCAUUCUGAGCCUUAUCUUGGGGUCAGAAGAAAACUC